AUGAUUAACGAUUCUAUUGGUGUGGAGCCGUAUUUGCGGCAACAUGUCGGGGACACGUUAGCCAGUGUCCAUUGCAGGCCUGCAUUUUCGGAUUUAAAGGGUUCUGCGGAAAGGGCAGUUAUGGAUAAAGAAUUGAAAAGCUUUAUAUAUGGGUAUUUGUACUAUAUGAUAUCCGAUCAGGGCAGGCUCUUGGAGCAUAUGUUUACUGCGACGCAGAAGGAGGACUUUCCUAGAAGCGUGGAGGAAGCUAUGGAGGUGAAGCUUAAUUCUAAGCCGUGGUAUAGGAUCGAUGAGAACGGAGGGCAUUCGAAGUUUAGUCACGCAGGGAGGAUCUGUGGUGCGAAGUUUAAAGUAGGCGAGCCGAUAUAUCGAUGUAAGGAGUGUUCUUUCGAUGAUACGUGUGUAUUGUGUGUGAACUGUUUCAAUCCCAAGGAUCAUACUGGGCACCAUGUGUAUACGACAAUUUGCACCGAGUUCAACAACGGUAUCUGCGACUGUGGAGAUAAAGAAGCGUGGAACCAUACGUUGUUCUGUAAGGCAGAGGAAGGGCGCGAGUCUGAUACCGACGGCUUCGAAGAUCGCGACGGGAGGAUUUCUAAGAUCUUGGAAAGCGUGCUUAUAGAACUAUUCGACCAUUUCAUAGACGUCUUCAAUCAAAACAUUGAGCCAUUACCAACAAUCCAAAAGCCGCUUCUUUCAAAGCUCAGGUAUUUUGUGCAAAAUGGGAAGUACAACGAACAGGCUGAUUUGUUGAGCAGAUUGGCAUAUAGAAACAGGUACGUGGAUAAGGAACACCCUUCGCAUCGCGAAAGCUCGCCAUCGCUCAAUCCGUUGUCAAUUUGUAAAGACUAUGCGAUAUUGAUAUACAACGAUGAGUUCCACAACUACUCACAAGCAUCCGCAGCUAUAAGACAAGGUGGUGCCGAUAAUAAACAUAUUGAUUUGUUGACAGCAAAGAUAGACUCUGAGGGAAGAUCGUUAUUGAGGUGCAGCGUUGACAUAUCUUCUUUGAUCGGAGGUUUCUUCUCUAUUCAAAGCAAUGGAAUAAGUUGUACCCUCACACAGUGGAACGACUACGUGCAUCAAGAAGCAUCCAAAUACUGCAUAAUGUGGAUCAAUGACUGUUUGAAUAUUCCAAAUUCAACUUUCCAAAGCCUUUUCAGAGAUGCAAUUGGAAGAGUGUUGUGCUCUCAGUAUGACCCUCUUUAUAGAUCUGUCGAUAUGACACCGGUCAUUAGAGAUUACUUUUCUGAUAGUUAUAUGGCAGACGACACAUAUUUAUACGCAGACCAUUCCGUAUUGGGUGAAGGAGUGAAAAUCCCGUUAGGUAGACACAAAUCCCUUGACCCUUCUGACAUGAAUACUAUUUCUCCUGUUUUGAACAAAGUUAUAGCAGAAGACAACCAUGAAUAUGCUAAUUCCAGACUACAGUACAUCUUGUUCCUAGAAAAUAGAUAUUGGAAGAAGCUUAGAAAAAUUGUUCAAGAUUUGAUUAUUCCAACAUUAGCUUCAAGUUCGGUUUUCAAGCCAAUGUUCAGCGACCAACUUGUUGAGAUUUUCCCACACAUGACAAGAAGUGUUACAUAUAUGGACCGAGAGCCACAACUAACCUCUUUAAGAGAAAGUGUUGUUCAAUUAUUCACAUGUCCAACAACUGCUAAUAAUAUAUUUGAAAGUGGACACUUUAAAUAUGUGAUAUGGUCGGUGAUUGAUGUAUUUGUUGACUUUUCGACUAUGGAUGAGGGCACUUUAGUAUGGCAACGUGUCCAAAGAAGUAAUCCUUCCAAAAGUUAUAGUAUCUCGUUCAAGCAGGGUCUAUAUGCUGUGGAAACUCUACUCAGUAAAAUAACAAAUCCUAACCUUUUGUUGAAACCCGAAGAGUUCAUUAUGAUUGUAACCCUUUGUAAACUUUUCAACGGUGCUUGGAAAAUUAAACGUAAGGAAGGUGAUCAUGUCUUAAGAGAGGAUCAACAUUUCAUACCUUAUUUGGAAUACACAACUUCAAUUUACAGUAUCAUUCAAACAUUUGACAAAGUGUUACAACAAUCAAAAGAUCUCAUCGAUGAGCAACUUCUAAUUGGUGCUAUAAACCUAUUGGAUUCCUUCCUCGGACAUAGGAAUUUGCCUUAUAAAAUAUACAAAGACUUUGAGAUAAUCAAGUUCCAAAUUAGUAAGGAAAGAGUAUCCUUCAUGAAUCCUGUUCAUACCCUAUUUUCAUUCCUAGUUCAACAUGUCCCAUUGGAAGUAUCCAUUCGUGUACUAUCGCAAUCAAAAGAUUAUCUUGUGAUAUCAGACUUUGCAUUGAGAUCAGUUGUAUUGUGCUCACAAAUAGAUAUUGGAUUUUGGGUCCGGAAUGGUAUGUCUGUUCUUCAUCAGUCUGCAUACUAUAAGAACAAUCCAGAAAUGAGUUCCUACAGUAGAGACAUUCAAUUAAAUCAGUUAGCAUUUUUGGUCGAAAACGAUGACAUUCAGAGAGUUAUUUAUAACAUGUUGGAUCGUUGGGAAUUAUUGGAAUGGUUUGAUGGAAGUGUAUCUUCUACAAAUACCGUUUACGAAGACAAGUUUCCUUCUAUUAUUCAACAGUUUAUCGCAUUCCUAUAUCAGGUGCUAGUCGAAAGAGAUUUCUAUAAGAAGUUCGACUCACUAGAAGAGAGACAAUUGUACAAUAUCAAAAAUGCUAUUAUCUACAAGUUAUACGCUGAACCUUUAUCUUAUACUGACUUGUUAAACGAUAUACCAGAUUAUCUCACGGAGAGUGUUUCUCAAUUUGAUAUGGCGUUGGAAGAGGUUGCAACAUAUAUUGAGCCAAAAGGAUUGGAGGAUAACGGUGUUUUCAAAUUAAAGAAGGAACUUUACAAGAGUAUUGAUACUUUAAGGCUCCUCAAUAUGGGCAAUGACUUUGAACACAGUGCUACGAUAGUCGAAUCUCAUCUCACUGAUAAUAAAGAAAAGCGGGCAAAAAUGGUUGUUAAACCUCAACUACUUGGACUUGACGAGUUAGAUGAUCGUAUUCGCGAUUUGGGUAACUUUACUAGAACAAAUGUCUUUGCGAAGCUCAUUUACAAACUUUUAAAAUUGGCGGUAUCUGAUCCAGGCCUCUCUUUCACAUAUGAGUUGCUUCAUCUAAUUCAUGCCAUUUUCAAAGAUGAUGAAAUGGUUAAUGGUAAAAACUCGCUUCCUGAAACAUACAUAAACAAACCAAUUUGUGAUCUUCUUUUGAGUAUCGUUGAUUCUGAAGGUGGAUCCUUCUCUGAAAAUGUUGUGGCUACUGCUGACUACCUUCUUGAGAAUAUGAUUAUGAAGAGACCAACCGCAAUCUUGGAAUCUUUAGCUGAAUGUUUUGGUACGAAAUAUAUUGCAGAUUAUAAGACAAGGAAAGCAAACCAAGGUAUAAACUUUGAAGAAACGGAGCAAGAACGCAGAAGAAGACUGGCAAAAGAACGUCAACAGCAAAUUAUGAACAGAUUUUCGAGACAACAACAAAAAUUCAUGGAUAAGCAUGUAGAGUAUGCUGAUAAUGAUGAGGAUGUUGAUAUGGAUUCUGAAACAAAUCUAGCCACUUGUACACAUGAGUUCCAAUGUUCAUUAUGUCAUGGUGAUGUAUCAGAUGAUUUCUUUGUAAUCCCAGUUUAUCAAAGUUAUUCGCCUAUCUUUUUGAACUCCGAACCUAAUCCUUUGGAAAUGUACAAGCCAUGGAAUGGAUUUGAUAACUCAGAACACUUGGGUACUUAUAAUACAGAAUUAUUCUACAAGAAAAAGGAACACGAUUCUAAGCAAAUCAUGUCAGAAAAUACCAGAAAACUAAUGGUGUCUUGUAAUCAUACCGUACAUUACAGAUGCUUCAAACACUACAUUGACAAAAAACGUUACAGCACUGAUCUAUUUAUCUGUCCUUUGUGUCAAACGUAUUGUAAUUCAGUCAUCCCUGUUGAUACUAUGAAUAUUGAAGCAGGAGGAUCUUUGUUGAAACGGAAGUUCCUCGAAGGAAUUGAAGAACCACUUCUUCAGAUUUUUGCAGAUGCUGUUCCAGAAUUGGACAAGAGCGUUGAAAGUAUUGUUAUAGCACUCAAGGACUCUACUCAAAACUCUAGGUCUAACCGUAACGCGCCUUUUUGGAUUCAAGACAGAUUUUUGACUCUUUCACUCCAAUUCUGUAACAACAUUUGCAUGUUAGAAAUGCUAUCUAGACUAUCAAAAGAUCCAUUUGGAACAUUAGUUGUGGGUGAGGAGCAGAAAUUCAAGACGUUGUACAAUAUACUUAAAUCUCUGUCAGUUUAUGCCCGGUUUACAGAGGACACGGAGGAAAUUGUUGAAAAAUUCCAUAAGGAGGUCGAAAAUAGCAACCUUCCAACGUUAUCAUUCUUCUAUAUCGUUGAAAGAGCAUUGAGAAGUAAACAACCAUUGAGAGGUUGCCUAAUGAACGUCAUGAAGGCGCGGGUCAAAGGUUCUACGAUAUCUUUCGUUGAUUUCUUUAAAAAGCAUGAGCAGGAGUUACAAGCCCAGACUUGUUUUGACUCCAGCCCAUUCUUGGAGCCUUUGAAGGAAAUGAUCCUAGGUUCAGGACUUUUAUCUGGCUCUGAUAUUGAUAAACAUACACUUGAUCUAUACUACACUUUCUUGGUAUCAGAUCUAGUACCAACCUUACGAAGAUCAUUAAUUCUUCUAAGAGUAUUGAAUAUAUUCUUAAGUGGAGAAGAUGAUAUCAACAUUGAUGGUGUCAAUAUUGUGAGAGAUUCUGUUGCUGGAAACAAGGAGGAACACUUUUUAAAACUUAUAAAAUCUCUUUUAGGUGUCGGCUUUGAUGACCUUCUAAGAGAUUCAUUGGAACCACCAGAGGAUGGGCGCUUUUUGGUUAACAUCCCUCAUGAAUACUGCAACAUCACUAAAUUGGCAGAUUUGGCCACUCAUUUGAACACAUAUGUGACCAAUAAUAUGAAUGUUUUAUUACGUGAAGAGAACGACCAAAAGCUCCGGAACACUGUAAACAGGUUGGAUUACAAGAUUUGUUUAAUAUGUGGAGUUAAAAUACACGCUCGUACUGAUGGUUUGGAAAUGCAGAAACAUAUGGAGCGUUGUUCUCAUGGGCCAAGCGGACUAUUUUUGAUACCUAAUAUCAGUCAAGUAUGUCUUUACUUGAGUAAACCAAACUGUACGGUGAAUAUUUCUGCACCAUACUUGAACGCACAUGGUGAAUCAGGUAGGAAUGCUAUAGAACGUGGUGAUUUGACGGUAUUAAAUUUGGCAAGGUAUGAACACUUAACAAGGCUAUGGAUAUCUAACGGAAUUCCAGGUUAUAUUAGCAGAGUAAUGGGUGACGAAUUCAGAGUUGCCAUGGCUAACAAUCGUGCGUUUACGAGGAAUAUGUUCUGGAGGCCCGGAGCAGCAUUUAAUGCAGGAGGUGAUAGUAGCGAUGAAGAGCUGUUUAACGAUGAAGAUCUCAUUGAUGAAGAGGCUCCAGAACUCAGAUUUAGAGAACCUGAAAUUGAGCUUCGUAUCAAUGGAGGACCAUUUGGCGGAGAAAUGCCUUUAAGGUUGCCUACGGAACGGGGCGACAUACAUGACUUUUUCGAAUUUGUAGCAAAUUUAAGAGGAGGUGCUGGUGAUGGAGUAGAUGGUGAAAUUCCAACCACUGAAGAUAUCAUCCAACAACUACAAGGAAACGUUAUGAACGGACUGUUUAGGAGAAGAAACAGAAAUAGAGACGAUCCUGAUAAUGAAGGUCACACGGAUGGAGGAGAAGAUACACAUCAUAGUGAAGAGGAUGAUGAUGACGAUGAUGAUGAUGAUGAGCAAGACGACGGUUUGGAGGAACAAGAAACCGAAUACAGCUCCGCUGACGAAGACACGAAUUUCCACGACGCAGCAGACGAUAUUAAUCAAGUGGAAUGA